UGUAAUUGGAAAAGCUCCGAUGUGACAAGAAGCUUUGGCGAACACCGCAGAGGUUGAGUGCGUGAGAGGGAUUCGAGUGGGCGCAACCGACCUAGAGAAUCUUCCGUUUACUGUCUCUUUCUUUCAGGCACACGUACCUUCGCGGUCAAUCGCAUCACAUCUUCUCUUCGUUUAGGCUACUCUCUCUACCCAUUCGGCGUAUUUCACUCGGAUAACUUCUCUCUAAAGGAAAAUACUGUUUAUGGUUUUGACCGAAGAUUUCAAGAUGUCUCGCACCGACGAGGUUCACCGCAUAACGGAGAAUGUCUACAAGUCCAUCAUGGAACAGUUCAACCCCUGCUUGCGGAACUUCGUUGCCAUGGGGAAGAGCUAUGAGAAGGCCCUAUCCAAUGUGACGUUUGCUGCUAAGGGCUACUUUGAUGCCCUGGUGAGGAUGGGAGAGCUAGCCAGUGAGAGCCAGGGAUCCAAGGACAUGGGGGACGUGCUGUUUCAGAUGGCGGAGGUCCACAGACAGAUCCAAGUACAGCUGGAGGAGAUGCUGAAGUCUUUCCACAACGAGCUGCUGUCUGAGCUGGAGAAGAAGGUUGAGCUGGAUGCUCGUUACCUGACGGCUGCGUUGAAGAAGUACCAAGUGGAGCACAAGAGUAAGGGAGAGAGUCUGGAGAAGUGUCAGGCUGAGCUGAAGAAACUCCGCAGGAAGAGCCAGGGCAGCAAGAACCCCUCCAAGUACGGAGAGAAGGAGAUGCAGUUUGUGGAGACCAUCAGUAGUAAGCAGAGUGAACUGGACACCUUCAUAGCAGAGGGCUACAAGACUGCUCUGUCUGAGGAGCGCAGGAGGUACUGUUUCCUGGUGGACAGACAGUGUGCUGUAGCCAAGAACAGCAGCGCCUACCACGGCAAGGGUAAAGACCUGCUGACCCAGAAGAUCCCAGUAUGGCAGCAGGCUUGUUCAGAUCCCAACAAGCUACCAGAGCGGGCCAUGCUCCUAGCCCAGCAGAUGGGCUCCGGGUCCAGCACGGGCACCGCUUCCCUGACCAUGGGGGGCUCCAGCCCCCUGAACACCUCCAAGUCUAACCUAUCCAACCUGGUCAUCUCUGACCCCAUCCCCGGGGCUCAGCCACUCCCUGUCCCCCCAGAACUGGCUGUCUUCAUGGGUGGUGGGCUGGGGCAGCAGGCGAGGCUGAUGGGUUCAGAUGGGAUGUCCAUGGUGAACGGUACGACAGGACUCCACGGAGAGGAAGAGUACUGGACAGAGGGGGGGGUGUCAGUCUCCCAGCUCCAAGGAAGACCCUCCUCCCCCCAGGCCCCUUCCCUACCCCAGGGACAGGCCCCCACCCAGAGACAGGUCAGUGAGCACUACUCCAAUACCCUGCCCGUCCGCAGGCCCCAGCCUGCCAAGAACAAGACCUCUGUUGGUGAGACCCGUACCCUGCCCAGGUCUAGCUCCAUGGCAGCGGGGCUGGAGAAGAACGGUCGUGCCCGUGUCCAGGCCAUCUUCUCCCACGCGGCCGGAGACAACAGCACCCUGCUCAGCUUCUCUGAGGGAGACGUCAUCACUCUGCUGGUCCCAGAGGCCCGUGACGGAUGGCACUAUGGGGAGAACGAGAAGAACAAGAUGCGUGGCUGGUUCCCCUUCUCUUACACACGUGUGCUGCCAGAGAGUGAGAAGGAGAAGCUCCAGGUGAAUCUGCACCAUGGGAAGAGCAGCAGCACCGGGAACCUGCUGGAGAGCGACAUGUCUCUGCCCAUGCCCGACUACGGCCUGACUGCCCGCCUGCUGGCACAGAGCCUGGCACAGAGCAGACCCAGGCCCUACAGCAUGGCAGGCUUUACCACACAGCCUGCCCUUGAGGACUAUGACAGUCGCUUUGCUGCUGCAAGUUUGGGUCCAGAAAUGUCCCGGUUCUGAAAGAACAGGACGUCAUGACCGAGCCCUGGAGAUUUACUUCAGACAACCCAUCAAUGAUGACAGAUCAGCCCCUAUAUUCUACUAGCAGGGGCCCUCACAGCACCCCUGUGGGUCCCUGGCCCCUCAUCCUCCCCUUAACACCCCUGUAGGCCCCUGUGGGUCCUUGGCCUCUCACCCUCCCCUUAACACCCCUAUAGGCCCCUGGGGCUCCCUGGCCUCUCACCCUCCCCUCACAGCACCCCUGUAGGCCCCUGGGGCUCCCUGGCAGGCCCCUGGGGCUCCCUGGCCUCCGAUCCUCCUCUCACAACACCCUUGUGGGUCCCUGGCCUCUCAUCCUUCCCUUAACCACCCUGUAGGCCCCUGGGGGUCCUUGGCCCCACCACCUCCCCCUAACCAGCCUGUGUGUCCCUGGCCCCUCACCCUCCCCUUAAGACCCCUGUAGGUCUCUGGCCUCUCUAGCUGUCACAAUACUGAGAAUGAUGAACCUAUAUUUUCAUUUCUAUGUUCCUGUAACUUUAAAUAAUGUACAGCAAACUGUCUAAGAGGUUGAAGGUAAAUACUGAGAGGGAGGACAACGUGUGGUAUGUAUAUAGGUUAUAUUACAGUAAAUUGAUAGUUACACUGGAUGUAGAUGUACAGUAUAACAUAAGUACAUUUGUAAAUACUUUUUCAUUUAAAACUAUUUCUUGAUAUUUUAAACCAAGUAUGCCCAACGCUCUUCCUGAAGAUCUACCAUCCUGUAGGUUUUCAAUCCAACCAUCCUCCAACAUACCUGAUUCCACUAGUUAAGGUCUGGGUGACCUGCUAAUAAUUAGAAUCAGGUGAGUGAGUGAAAAAGUACAGGACGGUAGAUCUUCAGGAAGAGGGUUGGGCAGCCCUGCAGCAGGCCUACAUGCUAGCCUAGAACUGCUGUCAACUAGGAUGGGCGUUAGGGAGGCUCCACCACUACACUUACACUGCCUUGCAAAAGUGUUCACACCCCUCGGAUUUCCUCACAUUUUGUUGGUACAAAGUGGGAUUAAAAAGGAAUAAAAUAUAUUUUUUUUGUCAACAAUCUACACAAAAUACUCAAGUCAAAGUGGAAGAUGUUUUAUUGAUUUAAUAUGAAUAGAGAUUACAUAACAAAAAUAUAGUCGUUGCAUAAGUAUUGAGCGCCCUAAAUCAAUACAUUUGACUUAGGGGGGCGAUUACAGCUGUGUCUUCCUGGGUAAGUCUUUUAAAGCUUUACACACCUGGAUUGUGCAAUAUUAGCCCAUCUAUUCAUUUUAAAGUUCUUCAAGCUCUGUCAAGAAGUCUCGCUAUUGAUUUAAGCAUAUUUAUGUCAAAACUGUAACUUGGCCACUCAGGAACAUUCACUGUCUUCUUGGUAAAAUACUCCAGUGUAGAUUUGGCCUUGUUUUAUAGGUUAUUGUCCUGCUGAAAAGUGAAUUCCUCUCCCAGUGACUGGUGUAAAGCAGACUGAAGCAUGUUUUCCUCAAGGAUUUUGCAUGUGCUUAGCUUCAUCCCUGCAUGUUUUGGAAUAUUUUUAUUCUGUAUAUUCGUAUUGUUCUUUUCAAUCUGCCAUUGUAAGUUACUAUUGUGGAGUCUCUACAAUGUUGUUGGGCCAACCUCAGUUUUCUCCCAUCACAGCUUUUUUUUAAUCACCAAUGGCCUCAUGGUGACAUCCCUGAGCUGUUUCAAUCCUGCUGCUCAGUUCAAAAUGAGGACUGCAUCUUUUAUGUGUCUGGGUGGUUUAAUACACCAUCCACAGAAUAAUUAUGAACUUCACCAUGCUUAAAUAUAUAUUAAAUGUCUGAUUUGUUAUUGUU